AGAGAUCAGUACUACUAGCGUUAUGCUCAUACCUUUUUGUGCUCUGGCCGGAACAUCUAUGCGGCUAUCUGUACUAUCAGUGAUGCUAAAUAGCACACGCUUGUAUGGUUACUCUUCCAAAGUCCCUUCGACCUACAUCUCAUCCUCCAAAAAAAAUCAGAAACCAGCAACAACUGCAUUCACACAAUGGCCCAAGUCGUGGCGGCACAUAGUUUCGCUACCAGAAACAUGGUUUCCCUGAUAACUGGUUUUGGUAUAUCAUUUAUAACUUUCUUGAUUUUGACCGCACAAGUCUGUAUUUAUUUCUGGAGACGUAGAAUUCGAUCUCGGGAGAACAGGCAGAGCAAAGCUCUGGUUGCCUUCAUCUGGUUGAUGCAAGCUGCUCAAAUGGCAAUUACUACUCGGAUAUCGUGCAUUCAUACGAUGGAGUUCGAUGAUACACCCCGUUUCUAUGGCUAUAUGUCAACGUUAGUAUCGUUGGUGACUUACCAAGGCGUUUUCUGACAGGAAGACAGCGACUGGGCGCUUUACACUGGAAUAUGUUCCUUCACCACGUCCCUUGUGCAUGGCGUCUUC